GAAACAAACCACAUUACAAAUAAAAAACCAGAAAGAUUUACUCUAACCCAAAUGUGUACACUAAAGUUUUUUAUGUAUGACUAUCUGAAGAUAAUGAAAUGCUUAUCUUUGUAUACAUUCUUUUUUUUUCAAUAUAAUAUGGUCGGUUUUUUGUUCCAACGAGCAAAAGUAGAGAAACAUUUUGUAUAUAUUUAGUUUAUAUUUAGUCGUUGAUUAGAAUAGGUGCUAUUUUUGGUGUAUUUGGUAAAGUGAAUUACACUGAAUUUGCAAAUAAAAGAAUUGAUUAUUUUAAAAUAUC